AUGGCCGCAUUUGUGAUCGCCUUUUUCGGCCUCACCCUCUUGCUCAUCCUUCGCCUCCGACAAAAACCCUCCCUCCCUCUUCCCCCCGGACCCAAAGGCAAGCCCAUCAUCGGCAAUCUCGGGGACCUUCCACCACCAGACACGCCAGAAUACAAGCACUGGCUGCAAUUGCGAGACCGCUACGGCCCCAUCAACUCCAUCACCACUCUCGGUCAAACCAUCAUCAUUCUCCACGAUGCCCGCAUGGCCGUUGAUCUCCUCGAGAAACGCUCCUCCGUAUAUUCAUCCCGGCCGCGUCUGGUCUUUGCCGGAGAGAUAAUCGGCUGGAAUGACGUUCUCGCUCUACAACCCUAUAACGGACGAUUCCGCGCCUACCGAAAAGCCCUACACCAAGUGUUGGGAACCAAAGCGCUAGUGUCGAAAUUCAAUCCCUUACAGGAACUCGAAGCGCGACGGUUCUUGCAGCGAUUAUUGGAUGAUUCGGAGAAUUUGGUACAGCAUAUUAGGACUGAAGCCGGAGCAAUCAUUCUCCAAAUCGCCUACGGGUAUACAAUCAACCCAGAUGGGCACGAUCCGCUCGUGAAAAUGGCCAAUGAGGCAAUGGAGUCGUUUAGUACGGCUGGGAGUCCGGGGAUGUGGCUGGUGGAUACGAUUCCUGCUUUAAAAUACCUCCCAUCUUGGUUCCCAUUCGCCAAAUUCCAACGUUUAGGACGCACCUGGCGUACCCAACUCCUCACCACCGUAGAAACACCCUACCAACUAGUCCGGGAGAAGAUGGCCAACGGCACACAAACCCCAUCCUACCUAUCUAGUUUACUCAAUAAGGAGAAACCCCUUACGGAAGAAGAGGAGUUUAUUGCCAAAUGGACAUCGGUGGCGCUGUUCACGGGCGGGUCGGAUACAAGCGUCUCCACCCUCAUGACCUUCUUCCUCGCCAUGGCCCUCAACCCCGACGUCCAAACCAAAGCCCAAGAAGAGCUCGAUCGGGUUCUAGGACCAUACACCCUCCCUUGUGCUAGUGACCGUCCUCGACUUCCCUACAUCAACGCCAUCGUGAAGGAAUCUCUUCGAUGGUGUCCCGUUGCGCCGAUGGGGCUGCCUCAUCUCUGUACGGAAGAGGAUGAGUACGAGGGAUAUCGGAUUCCGAAGGGUGCGAUUGUGAUGCAGAAUAUUUGGUCCUUCACACACAACCCCACCACCUACCCCGAACCCGACAGGUUCAACCCGGAGCGUUUCCUCGGCGAAACGCCGCAAGCUGAUCCAGCAGAGGUGGUAUUCGGGUUCGGUCGACGGAUCUGUCCCGGCCGAGUGUUGGCAGAUAGUAGUAUCUUUAUGACUGUGGCGAUGGUGUUGGCUAUGAUGAGGAUAAGCCCGGAGGAGGGAAUGGGGGGGAAAUCGGGGGUGGAGUUGACGCCGGGAGUGGUGAGUCAGCCAGUUUUGCCAAGGGGUGGGGUGAGAGUGGUGGCGAGGAGUAAGCAGCAUGAGGAGGUGGUGAGGGGAGAUGCCCGGUGAUAUGGGGGUAAAAAGGAGGAGGGAGGUGGAUGAUGAUAGGGUUUGGAUUGCGACUGGUUGGGUUUGAUAUCCUUAGUUGUCACUGCACAGCCGGGUAUAUCAGGUUUAUGAAUGCUACUGCU